UCCGGGCACUACCCGGGAAUCAUAGAGAGGUGAGGGGCGGUUUCCGGCCGCGGACUUCCGGAAGAUCCCCAGGCGGAGGCCGCGCUGGAAUACAAUGGAAGAGGAACAGCUUCUCACGUAUUACUUGCUUUUAUUUUGCGGAAAGUAGAAAGUUGUCUAAUGCCUGAUUUCUGAUAAUCAAGAAGAACAAGAAUUUGAAAUCAAGAUGAGAACCAACAAAGUUUACAAGCUUGUCAUACAUAAAAAAGGCUUCGGAAGCAGCGAUGAUGAACUUAUGGUGAACCCUAAAGUAUUUCUUCAGAUCAAGUUGGGAGAUAUAGUGGAAAUAGCACACCCCAAUGAUGAAUACAGUCCUCUCCUCCUGCAAGUGAAGUCGCUCAAGGAAGACUUACAGAAAGAAACCAUCAGUGUUGAUCAGACUGUUGCUCAGGUGUUUCGACUGAGGCCCUACCAGGAUGUCCACGUCAACGUUGUUGACCCCAAGGAUGUGACUCUGGAUUUAGUGGAGCUGACAUUCAAGGACCAGUACAUCGGACGCGGGGAUAUGUGGCGCCUUAAGAAAAGCUUGGUUGGCACGUGUGCUUACAUCACUCAGAAAGUUGAAUACGCGGGUAUUCGGGCUCAGGCAGGUGAACUGUGGGUCAAAAGUGAGAAAGUCACCUGUGGCUACAUCAGCGAGGAUACUCGGGUGGUGUUCCGCUCGACUUCCGCCAUGGUUUACAUCUUCAUCCAGAUGAGCUGUGAAAUGUGGGACUUCGACAUCUACGGAGACCUUUACUUCGAGAAGGCCGUGAACGGCUUCCUAGCUGACCUUUUCACCAAGUGGAAGGAGAAGAACUGUAGCCACGAAGUGACGGUGGUUCUCUUCUCUCGGACCUUCUACAGCGCCAAGUCAUUAAAUGAAUUUCCAGAAUUGCAUCGUUGCUCAGUGCAACAGGACCACGAAGGGCACUUCUACGAAGACUUUUACAAGGUUGUGGUUCAGAAUGAACGGCGAGAGGAGUGGACUUCUCUGCUUGUGACUAUUAAGAAGCUCUUCAUCCAGUACGCGGUUCUGGUGCGCCUGGAGAAGGCAGAGAAUUUCCCACCAGGAUACAACUCCACCUCUGCUCAAGGAAAUUAUUUGGAGGCCAUAAACCUCUCGUUCAAUGUGUUUGACAAACAUUAUAUCAACCGAAAUUUCGACCGGACAGGGCAGAUGUCUGUGGUCAUCACGCCAGGGGUGGGUGUCUUUGAAGUGGACCGGCUUCUCAUGAUCUUGACCAAGCAACGGAUGAUAGACAAUGGGAUCGGGGUGGAUCUGGUGUGCAUGGGGGAGCAGCCCCUCCACGCAGUGCCGCUCUUCAAGCUACACAAUCGCUGCAGUUCUGGGGAUCCUCGCUUGGGAGACGAUUACAACAUACCCCACUGGAUCAACCACAGUUUCUACACUUCCAAAAGUCAACUUCAGUGCAACAGCUUCACCCCAAGAAUCAAACUGGCAGCUCGGAAGCCGCAGAGUGAAAAAGCCAAAAGUAGCAGGGAAUCUUCCUUGGGAGCUCCUAAGGAGACGGAGAAUGCUCUUCCCAUUCAAGUGGACUACGACGCCUACGAUGCCCAGGUGUUCCACCUGCCCGGCCCCUCCAGGGCCCUGCGUUGCACCACCUUCAGCAGGCCUCUACGGGAGAGAGAGAGCCGGCCCUGGAAGACCUCCAGCUCCUACGAUGCCUCCUCCAGCCCCUCCAUGCAGAGUCGGCCCCUGCCCCCCGAAGAGGUUCGGAGCCAGGCUUCGGAUGACAGCUCUCUGGGGAGAAUCUCAGACAUCCUCGUGAUCCCACGGCCCCACCUGCACCUGCAGUACGAAGUCAGCAGCUCUUUGGGCUACACCAGCAGCCGAGAUCACCUUGAGAACAUGUUGGAGUCUCAGCAGCGAGACUCGAGCGCCCCUGGAAGAUUUCACGUGGGGAGUGCCGAGUCCCGGCUGCACAUCCGCUCUGCCGGGGGAGGAUACACACCACAGCGGGCGCUGAUCAACCCUUUCGCCCCUUCCCGGAUGCCCAUGAAACUCACGUCCAACAGGAGGCGCUGGAUGCACACGUUUCCCGUGGGUCCUUCUGGAGAAGCCAUCCAGAUCCACCACCUGACCCGUCAGAACAUGGCCGAAAUGCAGGGCAGUGGGCAGCGGGACUGGACUCACUCCUCCGCGGAGCUGUUGGAACUUGCUUAUCACGAGGCGGCUGGCAGGCAUGGCCUCUCUAGGCAGUCGGAGGACAGCACUUCCUGCCUGAGCUUCAGGGACAUGAAGGAUUAUCCAAACCAGCUGGCGGGCAGCCAAGGUCCAGCAAAGGCAGGAAUGAAUGCCCACCCACCCAACAAGGACCUGCUGGAUGGCUCACCAGAUCCAAUGCCAGGCUUCUGUUGUACUGUUGGGGUGGACUGGAAGUCUCUCACCACUCCAGCCUGUCUUCCUCUGACCACGGAUUACUUCCCGGACCGCCAGAGCCUGCGGAACGACUACACCGAGGGCUGCUACGAUCUCCUCCCUGAAGCGGACCUGGAGAGGAGGGACGAGGAAGGCCUGCUGAUGACCGCCCAGCAGGUCUUUGAGGAAUUCAUCUGCCAGCGCCUCAUGCAGGGCUACCAACUCAUUGUGCAGAGCAAGCCCCAGAAGCCAGCAGCGGUCCAGCCUCCCCUUAGCAGCAGCCCCCUCUACAGCAGAGGUCUUGUGUCACGCAAUCGACCCGAGGAGGAUGACCAGUACUGGCUGAGCAUGGGCCGGACCUUCCAUAAAGUGACCCUGAAGGACAAAAUCAUCACGGUCACCCGGUACCUGCCCAAGUACCCGUAUGAAUCUGCCCAGAUCAACUACACUUACAGUCUGUGUCCUUCCCACUCAAACUCAGAGUUUGUCUCUUGCUGGGUGCAGUUCUCCCACGAGAGGUUAGAGGAAUAUAAGUGGAAUUAUCUGGAUCAGUACAUCUGUUCGGCUGGUUCGGAAGAUUUCAGCCUGAUUGAGUCGCUCAAAUUCUGGCGGACGCGUUUCCUGCUCUUGCCGGCCUGCAUCAGCACCACCAAGCGCAUCAUGGAAGGCGAAGCCCACUGUGAUAUCUAUGGCGGCAAGGCUCGCUCCGACGAAGAGGAGUGGCAGCUCUUGGACGGCUUCAUUCGCUUCGUGGAAGGGCUGAACCGCAUCCGCAGGCGGCACCGUUCGGACCGGAUCAUCCGGAAAGGGCCUGCAGUGAAGGGCCUGCAGAUCACCAGCCCCCUUCCUGCCCCCUCUCUGGAACCUCCAGGGCCACCUCCGCUGGCCAAGAAGGGGACCUCCGCGCUCUCGGCUCUCUUAGAGAUGGAGGCCAGCCAAAGGAUAUUAGGGGAACAACAAGCCGCAGUACUUGCUGGGAAGACCUCUAUCCAGCCAGCAGAGACUGGCAGCAUCGCCAUGACCCCCACCUACAUGGACAGUCCACGGAAGGAUGGGACCUUCUUUAUGGAGUUCGUUCGAAGCCCCCGCGCAGCGCCUCUCUUCCACACACAGGUCUCUGUCGAUCAGUCUGUCCCAGGAAUCCUGGAAGGCGGCGCUGCUGUCAACACCGCCCAGCCUGUAGACCGUAGCAGUGUUCAAGCCAGCUCUCUCCACGGAGGGGACCAGAUCUCGGCCACCUCUGGUCCUGUGGAAAACAGCUCCCAGCCACCCUCCGCCAGUUCCCUGACAUCUUCAUCUACUUUGUUGGAAAUCCUUGAAGCAAUGAAGCAUCCCACCACAGGGAUCCAGCUGCUGUCUGAGCAGAAGGGCCUCUCCCCAUCGUGCUUCAUCAGUGCAGAAGUCGUGCACUGGCUGGUGAACAUGGUGGAAGGGGUACAGACGCAGGCCAUGGCCGUCGACCUCAUGCAGAAAAUGCUGGAGGAGCAGCUGAUAACCCACGCUUCCGGGGAGGCACUCCGCACCUUCAUUUAUGGGUUUUAUUUCUACAAGAUAGUGGACGACAAGGAGCAAGAGCGAGGGGGCAUUCAGCAGCCGGCCCUGUGGCACACGGCAGCCAAAGACGAGUUCUCCGCCUUCCAGCGGAAGUGGUUUGAGGUGGCUUUUGUGGCAGAGGAGCUCCUUCAUUCUGACAUCCCGGCCUUCCUCCUGCCGUGGCUGCCCAGCCGCCCGGCCUCCUACGCCAGCAGGCACAGCUCCUUCAGCCGCAGCUUUGGAGGGCGGAGCCAGGCGGCAGCGUUACUGGCUGCCACAGUGCCAGAACAGCGGACGGUGACCCUGGAUGUGGACAUAAACAACCGCACGGACCGGCUGGAGUGGUGCAGCUGUUACUACCAUGGCAACUUCUCCCUCAAUGCUGCCUUCGAGGUCAAGCUGCACUGGAUGGCGGUGACGGCGGCUGUUCUCUUUGAGAUGGUCCAAGGUUGGCAUCGCAAAGCCACUUCCUGUGGGUUCCUGCUGGUCCCCGUCCUGGAGGGGCCAUUUGCGCCGCCCAGUUACUUGUACGGAGACCCCCUUCGAGCCCAGCUUUUCAUCCCGCUCAGCACCAGCUGUCUGCUGAAAGAGAGCAACGAGCACCUCUUUGAUGGCUUUGAGCCAGAGACCUAUUGGGACCGGAUGCACCUUCUGCAGGAGGCCAUCGCACACAGGUUCGGAUUCGUACAGGAUAAAUACUCAGCCUCUGCCUUCAACUUCCCUGCAGAGAACAAGCCCCAGUAUAUCCACGUUACAGGCACGGUCUUCCUCCAGCUGCCGUACUCCAAGCGGAAGUUCUCCGGCCAGCAGCGCCGCCGACGCAACUCCACUAGCUCCGCCAACCAGAAUGUCUUCUGCGAGGAGCGCAUCGGCUACAACUGGGCCUACAACACCAUGCUGACCAAGACCUGGCGAUCCAGUGCCACGGGCGACGAGAAGUUUGCCGACCGGCUGCUGAAAGACUUCACGGACUUCUGCUGCAACAAGGACGGUCGGCUCGCCUCCUUCUGGACUGGCUGCCUGGAGAAGAUGCACGCCAGCGCGCCCUGAGAACCGGCUUCUGCAGGCCGGGCAAAGCCAAAUUCAGCCGGGAGCAGCCAAAGCCCCGUGGCAGGCUUGGCAUCUGAGCGAGCCGCCAGGGCCUGCAAGGGUCAGGCUGAGAGGAAAGAAGAUUUGAGGAACCAAGAAAUAGCGGACAGACGUUUGUACUGGGAGGCUUCCGGCCUGCUCCUGGGUGGCAGAUGCUACAUAGAUAUAAAUAUGUAAAUAUAUAUACAGUAUAAAUAUAGAAUUUACAAUUUAAUCAAUAGGAAAGGACAUCCUUUCCCUCCCAUUCCUUGAAUUUGAUAAGCCUGCAGCCCGUUUCAAAGGUGGGUAAUUAGGAAAAGAGCAAAAAUGGCCGAAAAGAUCCUGGUGGAAAAGGAGAUUUUAGAGUUGCUGGGUGCGAACAAGCCAGAAAUGCAGAGCGAGGCGGAGUCUU